AUGGGCGAUGACGGCGACCAGAAGAAGAAGAUCGCCAUCAUGGGCGUCUCCUCCAUCCUCCUAGUCGCCAUGGUCGUCGCCGUAGCCGUCGGCGUGAACAACAACCCUAAAGACAGCGACGGCGGAGGUGACAAGGGCACGUCGACAAGCAACCAAAUCUCCACCACCUCGAAAGAAGUGAAAGCCCUGUGUGCCCCGUCCGUCUACAAGGAAACAUGCGAGACCAGCCUCUCGAAAUCUGUGGAGAACGCCACGGACCCCAAAAAAAUCGUGCAGGUAGGGUUCGAGAUCGCGGUCGAAUCCCUGAAAGACGCAAUGAAGAACUCGACCACGAUUAAAGAGGUCGCGCAGGACCCCAAGGCGAAGCGCGCCGUGGAGAUCUGCGAAGAUCUCAUCGAGACCGCCAUCGAUGACCUGAGACGGUCUCUGGACGAGCUGGACAAUUUUGACCCCAGCAAGGCUUACAUCCACAUCGACAACCUGAAGACGUGGCUCGAGGCCACCAUCACAUAUCAGGAGGUAUGUAGGGACGAGUUCGGGAACACCACGGGGACGUCAGGGGAGAAGAUGAGGGAGAUCCUCAAGCUCUCUGGCGAGCUCACCAGCAAUGGAGUGGAUUUGGAUUUCCCGUCGUGGGUUACACCGACACAGAGGAGGCUGUUGGUCGGGACGCCGGAUACCCUUAAGCCGGAUAUCGUUGUAGCUCAAGAUGGGAGCGGUCAAUUCAAGACCGUUGCCCAGGCAGUUCAAAGCAUUCAGAAGAACCAUAAGGUUCCUCUCAUUAUGCAUAUUAAGGCCGGCGUUUAUAACGAGCAGGUCACUGUUCCCAGGUGGGCUAAUGGGCUUAUGAUGAUCGUAAUACUGGCCCCAGGGUUCAUAGCAAAAGACAUGGGGUUCGAGAAUUCGGCUGGAGCCAUCGGCCACCAAGCCGUGGCCUACCGCUCCCAAUCCGACAACUCCGUCGUCUUCAACUGCCAGUUCGAUGGCUACCAGGAUACCCUAUACCCACAAUCUAACCGACAGUUCUUCCGUGAUUGUGUCAUCUCUGGUACCAUCGACUUCAUUUUUGGAGUCGCUCGCACCGUCCUCCAGAACUGCACCAUGAUCGUCAGGAAGCCCUUGGACAACCAACAGUGCAUCGUCACCGCGGAAGGGCGGCAGGACCCGAACGGUGACUCGGCCAUUGUGAUCAUGAAUAGUCACAUCCUGGGCGACCCAGCUUACUUGCCUGUCAAGGACAAGCUCAAGGCGUACCUCGGGCGCCCGUGGAAGGAGUACUCGAGGACCGUGAUCAUGCACACCGUGAUUGAUGGCAUUAUCGCCCCCGAAGGGUGGUUGCCGUGGCAGGGUGACUUGGGGCUCAAGACACUUUGGUAUGCGGAGUUUGGGAACACGGGUCCCGGGUCGGUUCAGACGGGUCGGGUCAAUUGGCCUGGAAUUAAGCACAUUGGGCCUGCAGAGGCUGCAAAUUUCGCCCCCGGGAAGUUGUACGUGGAAGGCGAUGAUUGGAUUACGGCUACUUCUGUGCCAUACACUUCUGGGAUGAAUAAAUAAGUAUUUUUUGUUGAGGUUGUUUAAUUUGUUUUUUAGUGGGGAAGUGUGGAAGUGUAAAAAAAACGAAAGACACAGUUUUGUUAUUUUGUUUUUCUUUGAUUUUCUCUGUGGUAAUUUGACCACUGUAGGGAAAUUUUCGAUUGAAUCAUGUAUAGUUAUAAGUCAUUCAAUCAAAACGAAAAAAGUGCAGAAGAAGUUUCAUUACCUACAUUUUUUAUG